AUAGCGACCUACGGUCAUGUUUUCCUCCAGAAGCCGAAGAAAGGAAUAAACUUUAUAUUUGCUGAUUUAUCAGUGUAUUCCGUGAAGUAAAAGAUGUAUGAUCGCGCCCCUAGAACCCUAACGCAACCGUUAUCCAGCACAGCCGAUGCUGUUGGCCCUGGAACAUACGAUCCACCCGAGCCAGGACGCCGAAAAUACGAUGGUUAUGCACCUUUCUCAUCCAUGACUGGGCGUGAGACCUUCCUGGACAUCCAGGACAGUGUAGUUGCUGCACCUGGCCCUGGUCAGUACGACCCGCAACUGGUACAGCACCAUAUAUCCGGGGGGCACACCCUCGCCAACAGAUCAAGUAGGUUUACAAGCAAGCCAGUCAAGACACCUGGACCUGGGGCAUACAACCUGCAAAAGAAGGGUGACUGGCUGAAAGAUGGAGGAGGCAGGCGUGGCGAGGGCGUGGGAGACAUGGGUGAUGUGGCUUUGUUCAAGACGUCCCGUGUGACAUUUAAGCGUAAGCCUGACCCCCCGUCAAUCCCGUCCCCUGGCAAGGCCUAUGGCUAUGAGGAAUCUACAGAUGGCUCACUCCGCCCCCAAGAGAUGCCCCACAAGGAUAGUUCCAUGGGGCCUGCCUACUAUCAAGUCAAACAUGAUGAUGACCCUGUUACCAGGAAGUAUGGAAAGGGAACAAACUUUAGCAACAGGACCUCAAAAAGAUUGCAAUUCAAAGGUAAUGCUGGUCCUGGGCCAGGCGACUAUAACCCCUACCAAGACCCAGGAAUCAAAGUACCCAUGGACAUAAUUGUAGAGGAAAGCAGAAAACAGCCAUUUGAAUCUGCAUUGCCACGUUACCACCAAGUCAUCGUCCAGGAAGAAGAAAAGAAGGCUGUUCCUGGGCCUGGCAAGUAUGAGAUCAAGAGCCAGUUCGAGGUGGUUCCCAGACCCACCCUACAAGACGACCCUGUGAUCAAUGCACCCUUCGGCACACAAUCCAAGAGGUUUUUUGAUGACAGGCAAAACAAUCCUGCCCCAGGAGCCUACAACAAUCCAAAGAACGCACUAGAAGUACUAAAAAGGACCACUGGUUUGAAGCGGAGCCCUUUUGGGCAAACAUCAGUGAGGUUCGAAGGAAAGCCUCACCACUCCAAGAAAACCCCAGGCCCUGGAGCCUAUAACAUUACAGAUAUGACAUCAGAACUCCUCAGAAAAGCACACCUUGAAAGCACAAGAAAAGGUGCAUUUGGUUCAACCUCGCACCGGAUAGCUCCCAUGACCAGACGUCAUGAGGACCAUCUUCCUGGCCCCGCCCACUACCUCACUACAGCAGAAAAAAACAAAAAGGAGAUCCAACUCUCAUCAACCUUCCAGUCAACAACUGGUCGCCUACACACCCCUCCGGGGGUAGUUAUGGACGUCCCGCCUCCAGGCUCGUAUGACGUCUCUAAAUCCUACGACAGCACUCAGGGCCGUGUAAUGUACCCCUACGCACAGAGCAAAAAUAGAAACACCAAGAGAACAGGGGCGUUUAACUCCACUGCGUCUCGCUUCUCAGACAAAAGAAGAGUUCCCAUGGAAGAGACUGAUCCAGGUCCAGGUCAUUAUGACGCUGUAUCCUCAGGUAAACCCGGUGGUCUGAUGGUCACUCGGGACACGCGCUUCAAACCGCUCAAGAGUGAUGUCCCUGGACCCGGAGCAUACGAGCUCAACCCGAUCCAAGCCCACACCGUUUUGAAGGGAACCUUCAACACGACCUUGAACAAUCCGAUCGUGCCCAACUAUGAAGACAUGGAGGGACGGACGCCAUCCAAGCAAGCAUUUUUACUAGGAAUGUAGCACGCAUGCGAGAGGGUUUAUUAGAAUGCGCAUGCGUGUUAAACACGCCGCUGUACAUAUUGCACAUACAAAUGGCGCCUUGAAUAGGCGAAUGGAAAUAUGUAAAAUGAACUAAAUGAACACAUGAAAAGGGUAAUAAAUUUGGUAUUAGUACACAGUA